UUUCCUGGUUCAGGUAUCGUCUCCCUCCUGAGAAGACGUACGUGCUUGGGCCUAAGAGCGGUUGUUAACUCGAGAUCCUGGCUUCGGACUCUGGGAAGAUUUGAAGAUACUUUCGUGGAUAUACAUAUAUAACUUUUGAAAGCAUCCAUUGUGUGCUGCUGCAUUUGUUGAUAAGAUGUUUGGUAGACUGAGUUUUCCUCAAAUGAUUUUUGCAAGUAUCCUUGGAGUUGCUGGAGGAAUAUAUAUUUAUCAACCAAUCUUUGAACAGUAUUCUCGAGAUCAAAAGAUAUUAAAGGAAAAAUCACAAAUUGUUCAAGAAUUAAAAGAGAAGAAAAAUUAAUGACGGAUUUCAACUGUACUAGGUUCUUAAAAUCCAAGUCAUUGACAAGUGGUUCUUAAUAUUGUGUUUGAAUUUUUCAUAUACUUAUUUCUUAUUUGUCAUAUUGUCAUGACCAUUCUCAAGUCUACUAAUUUCCUUUUACUAAAAUCAGUAUCUUGACAUUGUAGUUCUAUUUGAUACCAAUUUCCCUAGACUUGUAGUAUGGCUACUUGCUUAUGAUUACAGGGUUGGGGAAGUUUAUACAAGUAUUAGUGGUAUGUACAGUAGCACAGGAAUUCUCGGUGUGAAUGCUAUGGACUUCCAAAAGUUCUACAAAUAUCAGGCAGUGUGGGAUAGGGGAGGAUGCUCUUUAAGAAAAAGAUUACAUCUUAAUUUCUAUUUAUUUUAUUUCUUUUUUAAUCUUAUACAUUUUAUGAAUUCAAAAACAUUUUUUGAAAAAGUUGAGAAUCUCUGUUUUAGGAAGAGGUGAGCAACUGCCUGACAUGGAAGCCUUUCCAUUUAGUUUGAAAAAAUUUAAAUGCUUACUAACUGACUAGAAGCUUCUCAUUUUUAUAGUCUCCUUCCCAACUUUUACCUUUUAUUUUAAGUUUUUGAUAAGGUGGAGGAAUACUGAAAGUUGGACCAGCCCCUAGAAUUAGACAUCUGGUGGGUUCAGAGCCAAGCUGUGUACAUCGGAAUGGUGAUACACAUCAUUCUAUAGCAGAAUAAAAAUAUGUAACUUG